UUUAAAGAAAAACACAAUUUGUACAAUCAACAGUAAUUACUUGCCAAAUAUUAGCUUAUACUGGGAAACCCAUAUAAAGAGACACACCAAAAUGGCCGUCGUACUUAUCAGUCAGAUUUCGAAAUAGUUCCACUGUCUGUGAUUUUUGUUCAUCAUGAAAACUAUGAUUGUGGUCGUUCUCUUCGGUGUGAUUGCAAUGGUUGCAUCGCAAAGAGGUGUGCAAGUAGUGGACCAAAAUCCUGAAAUGGUGCAAGUAGUGGACCAAAAUCCUGAAAUGGUGAAAGUAAUCGACAAAAAUCCUGAACUCGAAGCUCGUGCGGGUGGCUUCACUAGCAUAAUCCUGGAUCGAGUCUCUUCACUGAGAUCUCAGGUCCAUGAUAGAACCAGCCGAGUCCUAACAUUGCUAGGAGUAAACGUAGUUGAUCACAAUAGCCCAUCGCUUACUCCAGUUCAUGUAGUCGACAAUAGUCACGGUGGCGUAAACGUAGUUGACAACAACCCAUAUCCCACUCCUGUUCACGUAGUUGACAAUAGUCACGGUGUAAACGUAGUCGACAACAACCCAUAUCCUACUCCUGUUCACGUAGUGAACAAUAAUAAUCACGGCGGACUAAACGUAGUCGACAACAACCCAUAUCCUACUCCUGUUCACGUAGUUGACAAUAGUCACGGUGUAAACGUAGUUGACAACAACCCAUAUCCCACUCCUGUUCACGUAGUGGACAAUAAUAAUCACGGCGUAAAUGUAGUCGACAACAACCCAUAUCCCACUCCUGUUCACGUAGUGGACAACAGCCACCAUGGCGUACAUGUAGCGGACCCAUUCCCCACCCCAGUUCACGUAGUUGACAACAGCCACAACGGAGUGAACGUUGUUGAUAACAAUCCGUAUCAACAAGAUGGUCUUCUUACGAACGUGGACCCUGGAUUCGGACAAGGGGGUUUUGGCCAGGGUGUUGACCCUGGAUUCAACAGACCACCUGCAGGCAGGCCCAAUAGACCUGGUGGUAAUCAGGUCGUCAUAGUCAACCCAGACCCAGGCUUCAACCAACCGGGAGUUAAUCAGGGUCCUGAUCCCGGUGUCUAUUACAGACGUAAGUAGAGGUCAGCAAUCACCCUGGUUACGGUCAGGCAAAUGAACAAGAAAAUACUUUAGAUAGGUAUAGGUACCUACCACGUUUAUGCAUUUCUAAUAUUAAUUUUCCAAAUGUAAACAAAUAAAAUAUAUGAUUAUUA